GUCCUCUUCAUAUAGAGCGCGGCCAUCGCGUCUGCCCCAGGAUGAAGAUAGAAAACCGUAGAGGCCCCUUUCCAUUUAGCAUCUUUUAAGCCGCCCUUUCGGACCUAUCGGCAAAUAAAAUCUUCUCCUUUCUAUUGUUUUAUCAAAGCACCAUCCGUCUCUCCCAGGACAGCAUUCAGGGCAGGAAGUUGUUAGCUUCGGCCGGCAGGAGAUCAGCUAACGGCCAGACAUACCUCAAGAAUCUAGCAACGUAACAUCAAUCGCUUUGGUGAAAAUGGCCGAUGCCGCCGCCGCUGCGAAGAAGCGGGACCCCUCCAAGGCUCCUCAGGAGCAGGUCUCGGAGUUCUGGGACAAGUUCUUCACCAAGAAGCCCGGCAAGGUGACCUCCAUCUUCCCGCGGCGCCUCUACGCCACCCUGCUCCCUCCGGACUGCUCCCGCGGCACCGCCACCACCCGCAACGCCGCCGAGUCGUACAAGGCCGCCGCCAAGGAGUGCCGCGAGCGCGUCCGCCGCGCCGUGCGCGACUGCCACCUCAAAAACGAGAAGUUCACCGACCCGGACUUCGACAUCGAGACGGACCCUGAGGGGAACUGCCUCAACGGCCUAAUCCGCGAGGAUCCCUACUGCUAUCACAGCAGCGAUAAUUCCGAUUCCGGCGAUGCCGGAGACGCCGGAGACGCCGGCCAUACCGCCGGCGCCGCCAAGAGUGAGCAGCCGCGCCGCAAGGCCGCUGCCACGGCGUCUCGCCGUGGGCGUGGCGUGAGGGCCACCGGCACCCUCUACACCCCGGGGUCGGUCCAUCGCGUCGACUGGAUCUUCGACAGCCCCCGCUUCACUGUCGAUGGCUACUCGGCCUCCGACAUCAAGCAAGGCCGGAACGGCAACUGCUGGUGGCUGGCCGCUGUGGCGACUAUCGCUCACCGCAAAGACCUGAUAGACCGCGUCUGUGUGGCACGCGAUGAGGAGGUGGGCGUGUAUGGCUUCGUCUUCCAGCGUGAUGGCGACUUCAUUCCCGUCCUGGUCGACGACAAUCUUUUCUUGACCUACUCCGACUAUAACGGGUAUAGUGGCGAUUACGAUCCCAUCGGCAGGCUUGAGAGGGACCACCGUUCAAGGCACCAAACCGGCUCGGAGGCACUCUAUUUCGCCAGCUGCGAAGACAAGAAUGAGACGUGGCUGCCCCUGCUGGAGAAGGCAUAUGCCAAGAUCCAUGGUGACUACGAGGCGAUCGAGGGCGGUUGGUCUGGGGAGGGGGUCGAGGACAUGACUGGCGGCGUGACAACCACGCUGGUCACCAACAGGGUCCUGAACAAGGACAAGCUCUGGCGCGAGCUGGUUAAUGACGCUGGCGACUUCGUCUUUGCCCUCUCUGCUAUGGGAACGGGCUGGGACUCCAACGCCAACGGCCUGGCCCUCAAUCAUGCCUACUCAAUCCUGAAAGCAGUCGAGGAGGUCGGGGAGAAUGGUGACAGAGUCAAACUGGUUCAGAUCCGCAAUCCGUGGGGUCGACGGGGCGGUGCCGGAUUCGGCGAGUGGAACGGUCCUUGGUCUGACGGCAGCAAGGAAUGGACUCCCUACUGGCUCAAGAAGCUAGGCCACGUGUUCGGCGACGACGGUGUGUUCUGGAUGUCCUUCCGCGACAUGCUCGAGAAGUUCAAGUUCAUGCACAGGACCCGGCUCUUUGACGAGAAGUGGACUGUCGUGCAGCAGUGGACAAAUGUCGACAUCAGCUGGGUUACCGGAUACCUUCAGUCGAAAUUCCUGCUCGAGGUCAAAAAGGGCGGUCUGGUCGUCAUCAGCCUCUCGCAGCUGGACGAGCGCUACUUUGUUGGGCUCGAGGGCCAGUACACCUUCUCGCUGCACUUUGUCCUUGAGGAGGAGAAUGGAAAGACUGGCGAGCACAUCUGCCGCGUCCGGCCUGCUCAUGAUUGGGAGAACCGUUCAGUCAGCUGCGAAGUGGAGCUCGAGGCCGGCCGCUACGAAGUCAUUCCCAAGAUCACGGCCACGAGGGACGCGGACAGGAAGCUUGUCGAGGACAUCGUCCAGGAGUGCGCCGAGAAGCACCCCCAGAAGCUCCGGCAGAUCGGGAUGCAGUAUGACCUCGCACAUGCCAAGGGGGGCGUGACAGACGAGGACCUGCUGCUGGAGACCAAGGCUGAGGCCAAAAAGAGGAAGGAGGAGGAGAAGAAGAAGAAGGAGAAGACCAAGAAGGAAAAGGAAAAGGCCAAGAAGCAGAAGGAAAAGGCGAAGCAGCUCAAGGAGAAGCGUGAGAAGAAGGCGAAGGAGCGGAAAGAAAGGGCCAAAAGGAUCGCCGAGAAGAAGGAGAAGAAGAGAUUGGCUAAGGAAGCCAAGGCGAAGGAGGAGGCCGAGGCAAAGAAGAAGGCAGAGAAGGCAAAGGCCGAGGGAGAGGUUGCUAAGGCCGCCGAAGGAAGCGAUGCGCCCACACCAGCCUCGUCAACCGAGAAGGGUUCCGACGACGGCAUUGCUAACGUUAUCAAGAAGCCGGCCGAGGGUGAAACCAAGGCCGACGCAGUUCCGGCCACCAAGGGCGAGGACAAGGCUAAUGCCGACUCAGCUCCUACCGGUAAGGACGAGGACGAAUCGGACUCGGAAGAGGAGAAGGAAGAAGCAGAGGAGGAGGAGGAGCAGGAAGAGGACGAGGAGUCGGAUGAAGAAGAAGCUGCGCCUGCGGCGGCGUUGACACCUGACGACGAUAGCCGGAGCCCCUGGAACGCGGUCUGCGUCAUCGGCCUGCGGGUGUUCUCUCGGGACUCUGAGGUUUCCAUCAAGCUGGUCAAGCCCAAGGAUGCCGAGGAGGCCACCUCGCUCUCGGUUGGCACCACGCCUGCUGGAGCCACCAUGUGAAGGGUGUAGUUUUGGAGCCGAGCUGGCACCUAGCGUUAAAUCGAAUCACAUCAAAUAGCGGUUAGGCUACGGAGCAAUGGAGGUUGUGGAAUGUGUCAAUUAGCAUUCUAUACAAGACGCCAGUAUUGCGUGGUCAGAACGCAUAUACGGCUUCAUCCUUACUUGGUGUGAGUUUGGAUGAUCUAGCGAUUAGAUGAAUGUUAUCCCGUCCGCUCCAUCCCUUCAGCCGAAAAAAAAAAC